AUGGCUCUCACGACGCACCCGCCGCUCCGGCUCCACGCGCGGCCUCCCGCCGUGGCCGCCGCCCACCGGCGCCGCGCGCUCCUCCCGCCGCGCCGAGCCCGCCCCUGCCGCUGCUGCGCUGCCGCCGGCGCCGACGCGGGGAAGGCGCAGGCCAGGCGGGCGUACCCGUACGACGAGAUCGAGCCGAGGUGGCAGGCGCACUGGGAGGAGCGCCGCACGUUCCGCACCCCGGACCUCGGCGACGGCCUCGACACCUCCAGGCCCAAGUGCUACAUCCUCGACAUGUUCCCCUACCCCAGUGGGGCUGGGCUGCAUGUUGGGCACCCCCUUGGGUACACGGCGACCGACAUUCUGUCGAGAUUCAAGCGUAUGAAAGGCUUCAAUGUCCUGCAUCCCAUGGGAUGGGAUGCGUUUGGCCUUCCUGCCGAGCAGUACGCUAUCCAGACGGGAACCCACCCGAAGACUACAACUGCGCGGAACAUUGACCGCUUCCGCACACAGCUUAAAUCAUUAGGUUUUUCAUAUGACUGGGAUCGUGAAAUCUCCACAACAGAACCAGCCUACUAUAAAUGGACGCAAUGGAUUUUUCUUCAACUACUGAAAAGAGGAUUGGCUUACCAGGCUGAGGUACCGGUCAAUUGGUGCCCUGCUCUUGGGACUGUUUUGGCGAAUGAGGAAGUAAUUGAUGGUGUCAGUGAACGUGGUGGUUAUCCUGUUAUAAGAAAGCCAAUGCGCCAGUGGAUGCUGAGGAUAACAUCUUAUGCUGAUCGACUUCUUCAAGAUUUGGAUGAUCUUGAUUGGCCUGAGAGCAUAAAAGAAAUGCAAAGAAAUUGGAUAGGGAGAUCGGAAGGUGCUGAGCUUGAAUUUUGUGCAGUUGACCAGGAAGGACAUGAUUUAGGCGCCAAAUUGACAGUUUAUACAACAAGGCCUGACACCAUUUUUGGUGCAACAUAUCUUGUUGUAGCACCUGAGCAUGUUUUGUUGCCGUCUCUAACAUCUGAGGAACAACGUGCAUAUGUAGAGGAAUACACAGAAGUUGCAGCAAGAAAGAGUGAACUUGAGAGAACUGAACUUCAGAAGGAAAAAACUGGAGUUUUCAGUGGUUCUUAUGCUAAGAACCCAGCAACCGGGGAGAUAAUUCCAAUUUGGGUGGCAGAUUAUGUCUUAGCAAGUUAUGGCACUGGGGCUAUCAUGGCAGUGCCUGCACAUGAUUCCCGUGACCAUGAAUUUGCCUUGAAAUAUGAACUUCCAAUCAUUAAGGUUGUAAGUCCACCCAAUGGCAAUUGUGAUCCCGAGGAGGCUUAUGCAGAUGAUGGUAUCAUGAUAAACUCAUCCAGUUCUUCAUCUGGGUUAAAUAUCAAUGGUAUGCUUUCACAAGAUGCUGCUUUAGAAGUUACUGCUUGGGUAGAGAGUAAUGGAUUUGGAAAGAAAAAGGUAAACUACAAGCUUCGAGAUUGGCUUUUUGCUAGACAGCGUUAUUGGGGUGAACCUUUCCCUGUGAUUUACCUUGAUGAUACCAAUGAAAUGGUGCCUCUUACAGAAAACCAGUUGCCUUUAACUCUUCCUGAAUUGGAUGAUUUCACUCCCACUGGUACUGGGGAGCCCCCUUUGACCAAAGCAGCAGAUUGGGUUAGAACCACUGAUCUUUUAACUGGGAAGCCUGCAAGAAGGGAAACAAGCACCAUGCCACAAUGGGCUGGUUCAUGCUGGUACUAUUUGAGAUUCAUGGAUCCAAAAAAUUCCAGCACAUUGGUUGACAAGGCUAAAGAAAGGUGCAUCCUUCUUUCACAUUUGAUCUUCAGUAAGAGAUGUGUGUGUAACUUCUUUUCUAUAUCUUGCAGUUACUGGGGUCCAGUAGACAUCUAUGUCGGUGGUGCUGAACAUUCUGUCUUGCAUUUGCUGUAUGCAAGAUUUUGGCAUAAGGUUCUGUAUGAUAUUGGCGUGGUCUCCACUAAAGAGCCCUUCAAGUGCCUGAUAAACCAAGGAUUAAUACUAGGAGAAGUUGAGUAUACUGCAUAUAGAGACAACGAAGGCAAAUGGGUUUCUGCAGACUCAGAUUCAAGUCUGAGUGAUUGCAUCCAAGAAAGAGUACCAGCAGAUAAGAUCACAAAAGUUGGAGAUCAUUAUGUGCUGAAGGAUGAUCCAAACAUUCGUCUAAAUGCACGCGCAUACAAAAUGAGUAAAAGUCGAGGAAAUGUCAUCAACCCUGAUGACGUGGUUUCAGAAUAUGGUGCCGAUUCUCUCCGCUUAUAUGAGAUGUUCAUGGGACCGUUGAGAGAUUCAAAGACAUGGAGCACUGGUGGAAUUGAAGGUGUGCAUCGGUUUCUAGGUAGGACUUGGAGACUCGUGGUUGGCGCACCAUUACUGGAUGGAUCAUAUAAAGAUGGAACUAUGGCCACUGAUGUCGAACCAACCUUUGAGCAGCUCCGCGUUCUUCACAAAUGCAUUGCAAGGGUUUCAGAGGAGAUUCAGGAAACAAGGUUUAACACUGCAAUUUCUGCAAUGAUGGAGUUUGUGAAUGCCGCAUACAAGUGGGACACUCAACCGAAAUCUGUUAUAGACUCCUUUGUUCUGUUGCUAGCACCUUUUGCACCACACUUGGCUGAGGAGCUUUGGUUUCGUCUUGGACACGCACAAUCAUUGGCCCAUGAACAGUUUCCAGAGGCAAAGAAUGAGUAUUUGAAGGAAUCAGAGAUUGUGCUCCCCGUGCAAAUCAAUGGGAAGACCAGGGGUACAAUCCUUGUUGACAAGGAGUGCUCCGAGGAUGAUGUGUUCCAAAUAGCAGCCUCAGACGAGAGACUCUCCAAAUAUUUGGAUGGGAAGGCCAUCAGGAAGAGAAUUUAUGUGCCUGGAAGGAUCUUGAAUGUUAUACUAGAUCAACAAAAGGCAAGGACGUGA